AUGAAGAAUGGCCAACCCCCCAUUGCAGACAUAGAGCUUGCGGUGGCUAUACCGGAGCAAAACGUUCUGACCGACAAUGGAAACCAGAAACAGACUCAAAGGCCGGAAGGUUCAGAUUCUGAUAGCAAUCAAUUUCCGAAUCUUUCCCAGACCCGAGCUAUUCUUCUCGUGGCCGUUAUAUCCAUUGCUGCUGUUCUUACUGUUCUAAACUCACAGUCUAUCGUUAUAAUUCUUCCAGAACUUGGAAAUUCGAUGUGCAUCCCACCCUCACGCCAACAGCUCAUCGUGUCUAUUUACAACAUCUCCACGGGGAGCGUUAUGCUUCUCUGGGGCCGCUCAGCAGAGGUCUACGGUCGACGUCUGGGCUUCGUGUCAGGAUCAGUCAUCUUCACCUUAUCAACGCUAUGCCUGCCUUGGUCCAGCUACGAGAUACCUUUCUACGUGCUAAGAGCAGCUCAAGGUAUGUCCGCUGCCGCUAUCAUGCCCUCUGGUGUUGGUAUUAUGGCUUCCUCCUUUGCACCAGGUCCUUCUCGGAACAUGGCCUUUAUCGCAAUGUCCGCCAUGGCAUCCUUGGGCUCAGUUGUAGGUAGUCUUCUCGGCGGCUUCGUAGGAUCGACUCUUGGUUGGAAGUGGGUGUUCUGGAUACCUGCCAUUGUCUCCGCCUUUACUACUGCUGCUGAUUUUGUUGUCACUGCUGGUAAUGCCUUGAAAUGCGUCACUAAGAAAACAACCGAAAACGGUGGGGGUAAUAAGAAGCCAUACGUAGACUGGAUUGGAGGGGGCUUCAUAUCGUCCAGCCUCACCUUACUUCUUGUUGCCAUCACGCAGGGCAAUGUUAUCGGUUGGUCAACAUCCUGGAUAUCACCAUUGUUAGUUGUGUCUUUACUACUUUUUGGAGGAUUCAUUCUCUACCAGCGCCGGUUAGAAAAAGACCCUGACCGACUACCUCUCAUCCGUUUGUCAAUGUUCAAGAAGAAACAGUUUUCAGCGCUUUUUGUGCUAGUCGGUUGCUUCUACGCAUCUUUCAAUGGAUUUCUCGUGUUUGUUACCUACUUCUAUCAGAAGUACCAAGGGCUUAAUGAGUUGCAGACAACACUUCGAUUUCUUCCUGCUGGAAUAUCAGGCCGUGAGUUCGGCUGUUUUGUUUCGUGA